AUGCCAGCUGCAUCCCGUUUCCCCGUCGAGCUAGUCGAGCGGUCGAUGAACACGCUGGACGUGACUGACUUCGCCCGAGCCGCGUCGGUAUUCCGUCUAUCUGCUUCAGAUGACUUUGCCGUCUGGCUUUCUGUCGCUCUGGAUCGUAUAUAUAAAGUCGUUGAUUUAUCGGUUCCGAUGAAGCCGAUCACGUGGACAAGGCUUCAGACGUCGGUUUCGAUAUGUCCACAGAACUGGCAACUUGUAGAUGAUCUUCGCAUUGGAUGGACAGACAUGUAUUUCGAUGGGCGCGGAUUCCCCACGGCUGCACGCGCCGCGACGUUGUAUCCCGAAAUUGUCGCAUGCUGCACCCGUUUGAAGAAUCUCGAUGUCAGCAUUACCGUUCCUGGAGGCAUGGGGGCUUCUGACAUGCAACGAUUGCCUUUUUCGUUGCUGUCUCGUACCCUCCCAAGAGAGUGCGCGUUUCGGCUCGAACGCUUCUCCGCCGAAGGGUGGGCUUCAUACCCAUUGUCUGCACCUUUCCUACAGCUCCAUACAUCCACGCUCACCCACAUCGAAAUGAAUCAUUACGGCGCAUGGCCCCUCACGUCCGUCCAUCCAUUGCAUUUCGCCAUAUUGUCCGGAUGGCAAGGUCAGAUGUGUGCCUUGUCGUGGAUUGGAUCAGCCCCGCGGUUGAUCGACAUCACAUUGGACGUAGGGACCGAGGGUGGAUCUGACACAACGGAGUUGGCGUAUCAUAUUCACCGUCUCGACCUUCAUCUCAUCAAGCUGCACCUCGAUCUCGAUAUGCCUAGAGGCCGGAACGUAGACAUUGGACUUCUGUCGCUCAUCGCGAGCACCUGCCCUCUACUGGAGGUCCUUUCCCUCCAGUCAAUGUCAGAGGUGAUCCCGCCCUGGGUCAAUUCAUGGACACAUCAGACACAUCGGGAGGGCAACAUGUCGACGGUGUGCGAUGUUCUCAGAAAGUUGGGGAGGUUACGUGAUGUUGGCUAUCACUAUGGCCUUCCGCAUGAGAAGGACGAGGAGGUAUGCUGGAUACGGAAGAUAGAGGCGGGUUGCGUAGACCUCGUGCGUUGUACUUUCAAAAACAGCGCGUUGGAAUACCGAGAGGGAGGGUCCGCGAACAUCAAUGGAUGGCGGAAGGGUGUCGACGGGGAAUGGAAUUGUAUCGUGAAGACCUGGCCAUGGCGGGAGGAUUGA